CACCUUGUGACGUUACGGCUGAGGAGGAGUUCGUGUUAAUCCAAACACCGAGGCAACAACAACGUCCACAGCGAUUUAUCGGCAACAAAUUCGCUACAUCACGUCGACUUAAUCAACAGCAUGGCCGCUCAGAAGAUAAACGAAGCUCACGAGCACAUAGCUAAAGCGGAAAAAUGCUUAAAGACAAGUCUGACAAAGUGGAAACCUGAUUUUGACAGUGCUGCAUCAGAAUACGCCAAAGCAGCCGUGUGCUUCAAGAAUGCCAAGCAGUACGAGCAGGCAAAGGAUGCCUACCUGAAGGAGGCUGAAUAUCACACAGAAAACAAGGCGCUUUUUCAUGCUGCAAAGGCCAUCGAACAGGCAGGUAUGAUGAUGAAGGAACAAAAGAAGAUGCCAGAGGCCAUCCAGUACAUAGAGAAAGCCUGUAUGAUGUACAUGGAGAAUGGGACUCCUGACACAGCUGCGAUGGCUCUGGACAGGGCUGGAAAACUGAUCGAGCCUAUAAACCUGGAGAAAGCUGUGGACCUGUAUCAGAAGGCAGCUGGUGUGUUCGAGAACGAGGACCGUCUGCGUCAGGCUGUUGAACUGCUGGGCAAAGCCUCCAGACUUCUGGUCAGGUUAAAAAGGUUGGAUGAGGCAGCGGUCGCUCUGCAAAAAGAGAAGAACAUGUACAAAGAGAUCGAGAACUUCCCCAUGUGCUUCAAGAAAACAACUGCCCAGGUGCUGAUUCAUCUUCACAGAGGAGACUACGUCGCAGCUGAUAAAUGUGUCCGAGAAAGUUACAGCCUGCCCGGCUACAGUGGAAGCGAAGAUUGCGUUGCCAUGGAGACGCUACUGCAGGGCUACGACGAGCAGGACGAGGACCAGGUCUACCGCGUGUGCAACUCACCUUUACUGAAGUACAUGGACAACGACUACGCCAAGCUGGCCAUUUCCCUGAGGGUACCCGGAGGAGGAGGAAAGAAGAAGAAGGCUGCAGCCGCUCCACAGGGUGGUGCUGGUGGGGCGCCAGCUGCCGCCGAGGAGGAGGACGAUUAUGAGGGCGGGCUGUGUUAGCCCUCAGCCUCCUGAGUGCCGACUCUACCCAUCUGCUGCUCCACCACUACACCCUCCGUGUACGAGUUUAAAAAACCGUGACAAACCCUCUCAGCUCCGAAGCCCAGAUGGGCGACUGUUUUUGAUCUUAAUUGUGCAAAAAAAGAAAUAAGAAGAAGAAAAAAAAGCAAAUUAAAACAACCCUCAACCGUUACAGUAGGUGUUGCACAAGAGUCGCGUUUAAAGAGCCUUUUAAUUUGUGUUUCUUUGAGGUGGAUCCUCAGUGUAAUGAAAAAUCAUUCUUCAGUGUUCAAUAAUGUAUGAAAGCCUGUUGUAUGUAAAUGUUCUAUUAUUUCGCGUCUCUGUGAAGCUGUAUAUUUUUGCUGUUAUUGUUAAUGGAUAGGUUACUAUAAGAUAUAUUAAAAUCAGAAAUAAUCUAAUAAAUAUGUCCAAUAAGUUGA